ACAAGCAGGCACUAGAACCAGUACUCAAAGAGCCAGAGUUACCUUAUUUAGACAGGCACUUCAAAAAUGGCACGAAACGAAAACAUGGCUUCCAUGAAUGAAACUCCAAGUCGGAGCAUCACAAUCCCUGAACAGUCAUCCAAGGAGAAGUUGUUCGAAAACAUAAAGGAAGCAGAAGAAAGGCUAGCUCAGCCUCAGUCUCAAAGCUCAAAACCAAAGAUCCAAAGGGUUCCUGACAUGCUCCGAGAUCACCGAAAGUUUGAGAAAUACUAUGAGCCAAGGGCAGUAGCAAUUGGUCCUUUCCAUCAUAAUAAAGCAAGGUGUCAGCUGGCAGAGAAGUUCAAGCCUGCACUGGCAGCAAAAUUUAUCAAAGAAAGUGGCCGUCAAGCUGAAGAUUUGCACAAGGUCAUUGAGGACAACAUCAGCACACUAAAGGACUGCUACAAUGAGGAAGCAACAAGGUCCUACACCGACGAGGUCCUCACAGACUUGUUAUUCUUAGAUGGAUGUUCAACCCUACAGUUCAUAUACUCCUUUAUGCACCAUGAGUUAGCAAGUUUCAAGAUCAAGAGAGAUCAGGUGGCUUUUGCAAAACAAGAUUUGUUCUUGCUAGAAAACCAACUCCCUUACCAAGUCCUCGAGUUGUUGAUGCAGAAAAGUGACAAACAGGCGGACUUGAAGACCGUAAUCGAUGAUUUUGUUAGAGAGACAGCGGACAAAAGAACACGUCCACUAGGAGGUACAUCCAUAAACAUGGAAGAGCCGCCCGCUCAUCUUUUAGAGCUUCUCCGAACAGAAAUGCUAGGUCCCCCAGACCGCCACAAGAAGAAAAAACAUAAAGAUCGCCGACAAUCAUUCCGCAACAUACAGGAGCUUAAAGCAGCAGGGAUCCAUUUAAAGCCUAGUAAGAGAAGCACCUUGAGGGACAUAUCUUUUACUUCUCUAGGCUUUGUAGGAUUCCUAAGUCUUCCACCAAUAUCGGUAAACGACUCCAUGGGGCCCAAGUUCUUGAAUUUGGUAGCCUAUGAGAUGUGUCCUGAUUUCCAAAAUGACUUUGGGGUCACCUCUUACAUAUGCUUCCUGGAUUCACUGAUUGAUCAUGCAGAUGAUGUUAAACAGCUAAGGAAGGCAGGCGUACUACGCAACUUCCUUGGGAGUGAUGAAGAGGUGGCUAAACUUUUCAAUGAGAUAGGUACUGAUUUGGUGCCUAACAGUGAAACAUACCUCAGUGUCUAUGGCCAAUUAGAAGUGCACUGCAAAACCAAGUGGAAAACCAAGUUGACUGUCUGGAUGGCUCAAUUCUAUCACGAUCAUUUCAGAAGCCCCUGGGCUAUCAUGGCUUUACUGGGUGCUCUAGCAGUCCUGGGGUUAACCGGCAUCCAGACUUGGUACACAAUACAUCCUCCGUCCACUGCCUGAUGCUGUAUGCGAGUACAUGAAGAAACAGCUAAAAAUAGAGUGACACACACAACUGACACAAGUACGAAAAUCAAGUUUGGUUCUUCCUAAAAUGGAUUGUGCUUUUGGUUUGUUUGGUUCCUAGCUUCAGCUCUCAUUUGCAGAUAUGAAGCUGAGCAUGUACUGUUAUUUAUUUACUUGGUUAUAGUUUUUUGUCAUAAUGUAAUUCAAUAUUCAUGCAUGUGUGGAACAAUGCAAUUUCAUAUGAUGAUUUUCAAGUUUAAUCAGCACUUCCUGACAAAAUCGAGUCUGUUGUUCUUCUUUCUAACUUGAUCUCAGCUUAGAUCGAGCUUGUUGUUCAAUUGAGAAAACAAAAUUCACAGUUGAGCAAACCAGCCUCAAUUUGCUCAAAUUUUAGAAAAAUCUAGCAUAAACAAUUUCAGAUGAUCCAUUUUGCUUUUUGGGCAACUGAAGCC